GACGGUCGCCUGAGCUUCUGCUCCUGCCUGAACUGAUCAGUGCGGACAGCAAUUUUUACUCCGGCUACUUGGACGAGGAGGGGCAGGCAAUAGGAGAGACAAACCUCUGUUGAGGUGUAGUGAACCUGUUAGCACUGUAAUGCAGCUUUAGGGCAAUGGCUGGUCUAAGCAGUUUGAGCUCUGCAUUGGAGAGUAUUGACAGUGGAAACGAGGAGAAAGUCCAGGAUGCUUUGGUGAAAAUCCUUUCAGAAUGUGACAGCAAUAAUGCUGUUGGUGCUGAUUUAAUAAAUUGUGGCAUAAUGCCCGCCCUUGCUGCUCUGGUGAAUGCUGUUCCCGCCUGCCAGUCAAAGAUUGCUGAUUUGGUUGCAACACUCGCCAGAACUGAGACUGCAAGGUCCCCAGCUGUUCAUGCAGGUCUUGUUCCUCUUUUGGUUGACGUAUUGCGAUCUGAUGACAAAGAAAAAGUUAAACAGUCGCUGCGAGCAUUGGGAAAUAUUUGCUUUGACAAUGAUGAAGGAAGGGAAGCAUUGUUAAGAGCUGAUGGUGUUGUUGUCAUUGGUGGAAUACUGGAAGAUGAAGCAAAAGACGAGACAGUACAAGAGGAGCGAUUGGAGCUCUUCAGACCCCUGUGUGGAUGUGUGCUUAACAUGAUGACUGGCUAUGAUGCCGUUGCGGAAGCUUGUAUCGAGGCCGACAUCCCAAACAGUAUAGUUCAGAUUAUAAGACAUCAUGGCAGUACAGAUAUUGGCCUGUGCAGGGUGCUUAUCAUGACAUUGGACUCAAUCUUGGAAGGUGCACAAGAGCCCGGUGCAAAUGCUCUUCGUGAGGCUGGUGCCGUCACGGUGAUUGUCCGUCUUCUUGGUGCUGUUGAAGAUAGCAGUGUGAAGGAGCUGAUUAUUGAAACGCUUGCAUCUGCAGCACAGAAUGAAUUGUGGCAGUUGGCUCUGGCGGCACAGGGAUGUGUAUCACAUCUUCUUCGGCAAUUCCAGCUAGAUGUUGACGGUGCUGUGACGCUUACCUCAGAUGUGUCGAGGAAGGUCAUGGACCUGAUUGUUAUGCUUCUCACAGGAGAUGAAAGUCUUAGAAUUCUCUUCAGCCAAGGAAAUGGACCUAUCUUACCUGUUGUUUGCAAUUGGCUCAAAUCAUCUGAUGAGAAAGUGCUAUCGUCUGGUGCUCUUGCUAUCGGCAACAUGGCUCGAUCAGAUACUAAUUGUUCUGUUUUGUUGGAAAAGGGAGUCCUCGCACUCCUAUUGGCCGUUUUGGAAAAAUAUUCUUCUAAAGAGGAUAAUGUUGAAGUCCUCCACGGAGCACUCAGUGCGAUUCGCAACCUAUCCAUGCCUGCUGCCAGCAAAGAGCAUCUAGCCUCCAAGGAUGUGCCGAGCCAAAUUGUUCCACUUGUCUACCAUGUUGCUCAGCCAGUGCAGCAGAAAUCGCUGGGAGCACUGCGACUCAUGGUUGACGGACAAGAAUCUGUUGCCACGGCGCUUGGAUCUCAAGCUGAGCUUGCAGCUCGUCUUGUGGACUUGUCAAGCCAUCCGGAUAUUGGUGUUUCUUCAGAAGCACAGCGUCUUAUAGCGUCAUUGAUCAAAAAUUCUAGAACUGACACUGUGGGUAGUACUUUUUUGGCGGCUGAUGUAGUAAAGUCACUUGCCGCUCUUGGCGAGUCUCAGCACGUCAUCAUGGUUCAUGAAGCCAUCAUGGCGUGUAAUAUAUUGGUUGUUGCUUGCAAAGAUUCUGCGCCAGCAGCCAUGCGUGACGGAGGCGUGCAGAAGAUAGCUACUGAUAUUGCAAAUGACCCUGAAGUCGGUGUUGAGUUGAAAUCCAAUGCUCAAACACUAGUUGAUGCUCUUCGGUAGUGAUCAACUUCGCGACAUGCACAAGUUUAUUUAUAUAAUAAUGCAGAACGACAGAUUGUACAGAAUUCGUUCAGCAAGCUGCAAAGUGCAUUGCUGAGGGAGGCUUCUAAGAGCUGCUGGUUGAGCUGUAGGAGGACAGCUAACAGCUUAUUCUCGUGUCCAUAGUAUAGCCUAACAAUCUUUCCCGCGUCCUCCCGUUUGUUUUUAGCUGUUUCUGUUAAGAUGCUGACUGCGCAUAAAUAUUAUAUAUUCGAAUAUUUAUUGCCUUGUGCCUUUACACUGAACCUCCUACCUGUUUCCAUGAAUUAUUUGAUAGGAUUAGCAUGACGCCCACAUUAAUAUUCUACUUUCGGAAAACCGCAUAGAAUUUGUUUUGUGCCAUUUUGAAGCUCACCUCAUCAAAACCAUUCUUUCCUUAGAUCAGUUAGUUCAUUUUGUUUACGUAUCUGUUCUUUUUUUUUUGUUUCAUGUGGCUUGUUGCUGCAUGUACCAUAUUGGGUUGGCACUUGCAGGAAUAUCAAUGUAAGUGUUUUGUUUCUCUUCUUGCUCACUGGAGCACAGACACAGUCCCACACCACACAAAUUACGGCGCACGCCAAGUUAUGUUUGUACAGGA